CCGUAUGAUGUAACAUUAGAAUUGAUCAGCCGCUCGAAAUCAUUAGACAGCGAUUUGGAAUCUGCGCCCAGAUACAUAAAUGGAAGUUACAUUGGUGAGGCCAUAUUCCAAUCUCAAAGCUUUGUGAACAAUUGCCUUUAUUUUUUGCAGACAAAUGGGAUGCUGUCCGGGUUUCACCCGUUCAUCGAGGGGAGCCGACCCAUAGCGGUAUCCGACCUUCCGUACCCACCAAAUCGUAGGGAUGAUGUUGUCGUCACUCCAGAUGGGUGUCACACAAUGCUAUCAGCUAGUAGAUCAAUUCUUUAGAGAGAUGAAGUACCCAUCGGGUACAUUUGCGGGACUGGCAUUGAUGGAGAAUGAAGUGGGGGAGGACGCAUACUUGUACUUGGGCUCUGAGGACGGGAAACUUUUUGAAGUGCAGUUGAACAGGUCUGGCAGAGGCUGUGUAUUAGAAGCGGAACCAAGCAUUCCGCCCGCAGCUGAGUAUGCCGUAGAACCAAAACCAAGCAAUCCUCCCGCACCUGAAUAUGCCGUAGAACCAACACCAAGCAAUUCUCCCGCACCUGAAGAUACCGUAGAAUCAAAACCAAGCAAUCCCCCCGCAGCUGACCCUGCCGUAGAAUCAAAACCAAGCAAUCCCACUGUUCCCGCUGCAUCUGGAGCUGUAAUCACUGUUGUGGUAACAGCUGUGGUGGCUGGCACAGUGGUCGCCAUCGUAAUCAUUGCCAGCUUUAUGUGCCUACGGCGGAGAGCGCGCCGCCGACCAGCUGGUCCGGAACGUGCCCUGGAAGUCGUUCGCUUUCAGAGUCCUGUCGGAAUGUACGGAGCGCAUGAGCAUCGCUUCCAGGUUGCGAAGGGGCUCGGCUACCUUCACGACUUCGCCAGGCCCCCCAUUAUCCAUCGGGACUUAAAGAGCAGCAACAUUCUGCUCGGCGAGGGAUCUGGCGAGAAGCUUCACGUCGUGGUUGCGGAUUUCGGAUUAGCAGCCAUCGGCGAGAGGGUAUUAGACACAGGACAUAACCACGUCGUGCUGACCUCUCACAUCGGCGGCACAUUCGGGUAUAUGUCGCCCGAGUACAUGCUGAGAGGAGAGCUGUCCGAAAAGAACGAUGUGUACUCUUUUGGGGUACUCGUUCUGGAGCUGUUGACGGGCAGGAAGGUGGUCGGGCCGGCUCCUUCCGGGCUGGGAUGGCAGACGCUCGUCGAGUGGGUGAAGCCUUUCCUUCUAGGGGCAGUCGUCGAGAGCGGGAGCAUGGAGAUGCCGUACCCGAUACUCGAUCGGUGCUUGUGGGAUCAGGUGGCUGGAGAUUCGAUCAAGAAGAAUAUGGUGAUGAACACAUUCCAACUGGCUUGGGAAUGCGUGGAAGAGGAGUAUGGGUCCAGACCAGCCAUGAGAGAAAUCAUUCAGCACAUUCACAGUAUCUUCCUGGGAGUGGGUUGGGAUGGCCUGACGGUGAUGAUGGUGGACCUAGAAAACGAUGUGGAUAAUGAUGCUGUAACCGCUACAGGAGGUCUCAGGGUAUGAUGAAGGUAUGUUGAAAGCGGAUAUACGCAGGUUUCCUGACCAGGCCUGCGGCUGAGGACUGCCGUUCUCUCUCUCUCUCUCUCUCUCUCUCUCUCUCUCUCUCUCUCUCUCUCUCUCUCUCUCUCUCUCUCUCUCUCUCUCUCUCACACACACACACACACACACACUCACACACACACACACACACACACACACACACACACGCUCGUACAGGCACACACACAUGCACACGCGCGCGCACGCAAAGAUGGUGCGUGCAUGUUCGUGCGUCCGUCUCUGUCGUCUCCACAUUUUCUGUGUUUGUGAGGGGGCCUGAGGAUGUCUUUCGGAAAGUUAUUAGCGCAAGGCUUUGCCUCGGCCGUACCGAGUUUUCGAAUGGACGCUUGCAAUCAUGCAACGUGUCCCGAAUGGUUUGGCUUAUGCUAUCCUUGUUCCCGCUCUGCAAUAAAGUGUUUUUUAGAUA